AUGCUGAAGGCCUUGCGGCGCCUGCACGUGGACGAUCCUGAAUGCGGCGACCGGGAGGCGGGAGACGACGACGACCAUGGCCAAAGGAAUUGGUGCGACGACCUGACUGACGAGCAGGCGCGGGCGCUUAUUGAGGCAUGUCAAGGUGACAGCACCGUCGACUUGGAGUCUCUGCUGCCCCCUGGGGCAAUGGAAGAUUUUGUGGCCCACCUUCAGCGGAGCAGCAAGGCGGAGACGCCACCAGCCUGGAAGCCAUGGUGGCUGAGCCCAGAAUGCCUGUGUUUCAGACUCACAUGUCAGGGAAUGGCAUUGAUCGCCGAGGCAGAUGAGGAGCAGGUUGGGCGACCAGGGCGUGAGUCGCUGUCGGCAUUGCCGCUGCCACCGUCAGAGCCACUGCCAAGUGUCCAGUCACUCACCAAGGCACCACCAUCAGAUGUUGUGAGAUGGCAACUCAUUGACAUGCUGUAUGCGUACUGCUUCAUUGUGCGCCGUUUCCACAGCAGCAUCUUGAGUGAUCCACGAGAAGUGGCAGCCAUCGCCUUGAGCCUGUCACGUUCGCUGUCAUCCACCACUACCUCAGAGUCGGCCGGAGUGCAAACUGCCAGGGAAGUAGUUCUGGAGGCAUUGCACAGGGCCACAAGCCCUCCAGUGGGCACACUGCAGGACAGAUGCUUCGCGAUCGAUGUCUUGCAUGAUGUGGUUGAAGUGCUGGAUCGGGGACGUGCGGUUGUUGUACUGGCCCUAUCCGACUUGCAGUCGUGCUUGCUUCGGGCUAAGAAGGACCACAAAGACAGCAGUUCAGAAGCCGAGAGGGAGCCGGUUGCAUCAAGUUCUCAACAAGAAGACUGGAGCUGCACACCAGGGCCAAUGUCGAUUGAUGAUAAAAAUGCGGAAUCCUUCCCGUCUGUGAGAAGGACUAAACGAUCUUGGAAGAAAAAUCGGCUGGAAAUGCAGAGUAAGCUACGUGGAGCUGGACGAAAGCUGUUGUUCUACAUGGCUUGGGCAAAUGGAGAAGAUGACGAGGCCUUGCGACUGCUUGGGAAUGUUGUUGCAGAUUGUUGGUACAGCCAGGGGGCUGCAUCAGAUGCGGCUGUGGAGCACGGGCUGCGCUCCUUAGCGAUCGUUGACAACAAAGAGGGGACUAAUGCUCCAGAGGCAGGUGGUAAGACUCUUGUAGGGAAGCAGUUGAUUGAAACCAUCAAUUAG